AUGGUUAAGCGCAAGAGAAACGAUGCUUCCAAGGCGGACAAAUCUGCCGAGAGCCCCUCUAAGACUGUCAAAUCGGCAUCCACCGCCUCCCAAGCUCCAGAUGCAGCUUUCACUAUCCAGGUUGUCACUGGUUCUUACGAGCGCGUGUUGCAUGGUUUCACGGCUGGCAUCCCCGCAUCUGCCUUGAGUUCGAAGAAUGAAAGCAAAAAGGACUCUUCGACCUCCAUUCAAUGCCUCGACAGCUUCUUGUUCGAGGCUCAUGGUUCCGCAAUCCGGUGCUUAGCACUAUCUCCUCUACCCAAGACCACCGAACAAAACCAAUCCGUUAUGAUGGCCAGUGGUGCUACCGAUGAGCGCAUCAAUCUCUACUCGCUAUCAGCCGCUCCUCCCGCUGUGAAUGACGAUUAUCCCACGGUGCCGACUUUGGCCGGAAACAAAAUCCUUGAGAACCCAAAGAAUCGCGAGUUGGGAUCAUUGUUGCACCACUCGGCCAGCAUUUCAGGCUUGAGCUUCCCUUCGCGCAGCAAGCUUCUGGCAGGUGCAGAGGACAACACCAUUUCGGUGUCCAAAACUCGUGAUUGGACUGUAGUCUCGACCAUCAAGGCGCCACGCCCUAAGGUCCAAGGCCGCCCUAGUGGUGACACUGCGCCUCCGGGAGCUGCUCCAUCGGGCGUGAACCACUUUGCGGUCCAUCCGUCCAUGAAGCUGAUGCUGAGUGUCGGUAAGGGAGAGAAAUGUAUGCGGCUGUGGAAUCUGGUGACGGGCAAGAAGGCCGGUGUCUUGAAUUUCAACCGGGAGAUACUGCAGAGUGUGAAAGAAGGGAAAUGGAGCAGCGGAGAAGGACGCCGCAUCGCUUGGAACCCUGCUGGAGAGGAGUUUGCCGUCGCCUUUGAAUGGGGUAUCGUCGUAUUUGGAGUUGAUUCAGAACCCAAGUGCAGAGUGCUCCCAGAGCCUCGAAGCAAGGUGCAUGAAAUGAAAUAUGUUCCUCGUUCUGCAGGCAAAGACCAGAUCGAUGACUUGCUGGCUGUGUCGACUGAAGAUGGCCGCGUCAUCUUCUAUUCCACCACCGAACUCAAGGAACCCGAUGAGGAUGAAGAGUCAAAGAUCCCCUAUGCCACCUCCGUGGCUCAGGUUGGUGGGAAACAGGCAGGUUUCCCUGGACGUAUCAAGGACUUUGCGUUAUUGAGCCUGGAAGAGCAAGCCCAGGAGAUCCGGGACGGUUUCGUGGUUGUCACCGGCAACAGCGAUGGUGUUGUGCGGAUUUGGAAUAUCGUUGGGCAAGAUCUUGUUGCCCCCAAGAAGAAGUCCAAGGACCCCAAGAAGCCGAAGGACGCUACUCGUCAGAUCGGAAACCUCCUGAGCACUUAUGAAACCGGGAACCGCAUUACUUGUCUGGCCUCUUUCAUCAUGCUGCCAACAGAGGACUCCUCGUCCCUAUCUGACCUCGAUGAUGAUAGCGAAGAGGAGGGGAAAGAAGAGUCGGAGAGUGAUGAUAGUGACGACGAGUAA